AAGGGAAGAUAAUGGAGAAGUAUUUGAUAAAGAAAUCAGCAAAUGCCAACACCACCACCCAGCCCCAGGGGGCUAUCACCAGCAACAAUUCAAGUGGCAGUAGUAAUGCAUCAAGACCUGCAGCAAAACAUAAUUCUGCUGUGCCUGAACUAGUUGAUUUGAAUAAGCUCCCUCGCGAUCCAGCUAAAAGGAAGCGAAUGGCAGAUUAUCACCCCAACCAACGUGAUGAGAUAAGAAGGAAGUAUUUGAUUUGGGGACCUAAUCAGCCCCGCAAGUUGGAAUUUCCAUACAGGGAGAUUGGGAAGAAGAAAAAGAAGAGGAGAUUCAAUCCGGAUUGGUAUGAUGAUUAUGCUUAUUGGCUAGAGUACAGCGAGAAGGAGCACAAAGCCUAUUGCUUAUGCUGCUAUUUGUUUAGGGACAACAUUAAAGACAACCACCAUGGGCAUGAUGCAUUUGUAGUAGAAGGUUUCAACUGUUGGAACAAGACAGAGAGAUUUGUAACUCACGUCGGUGAUCGUAACAGCUUUCACAACAGAGCACUCAAGGAUUGCGAGGAUCUAUUAAAGCAAGAUCAAUCAAUCCCUGCAGCCUGGAAUAGACAAAGCCAAACUGAAAAGAAUGAGCAUCUCAUCAGGUUAAAUGCCGCAAUUGAUGUUUGUCGAUACUUGUUGCAUCAGGGACAACCUUUCCGUGGCCAUGAUGAAUCUAAAGAUUCUGAAAAUAAAGGAAAUUACCUUGAGUUGAUGGACUACACUAUUAAGCAAAAUGAUGUUGUUGCUAAGGCAUUCAAGAAUGCUCCAAAUAAUAAUCAAAUGUUGUCUCCCAAAAUUCAGAGAGAUAUUACCGAGUGCUUUGCAAAAGAAGUACUAGGGCAUGUGAUGAAAGAAAUUGGUAAUGGUGUGUUCAGCUUAUUAGUUGAUGAGUGUAGGGAUGUUUCCGACAAAGAACAAAUGGCGGUUGUUCUCCGAUAUCUUGAUAAGUGUGGACUGGUCCAAGAGAAGUUUGUUGGUGUUGUUCAUGUGGAGGAGACAACAGCUUCUUAUCUCAAGUCUUGCAUAGAUUUAUUAUUUUCACAACUUGGGCUGAAUCUUGAACAAGUUAGAGGCCAAGAUUACGAUGGAGCAAGUAAUAUGUCUGAUAUUCGAGGUCGGAGAUUUCUUUGAUAUGGUUUCAGUUUUGCUGAAUGUCGUGGGCGCGUCUUGCAAGAGAAAAGACCAACUUCGUGAGCAUCACCAAGAAGAAGUGAGAAAAGCAAUAGGAUGUGGAGAGAUUGCUACGGGGACUGGACUGAAUCAAGAAUUAUCUCUUCAAAGACCAGGUGACACUCGAUGGAACUCCCAUUAUAAAACACUGUUGGGUUUGUCCAAGAUGUUCUCAU